AUACUAUUUAAUUGGUUUAUCCGAUGAAAAUUUUUCUCAGUGUAGUAAUUUGAUAAUACACACGUCCACUGUACGUAGAAUUGGCGUACGACAAAUGUAACGGCCCAUGUAGCCGACAAACAAUGUUGGACUAAUAAACAAACAAGUCUAUCGCGUCCACGUUCACGCCGAUCGCACCCUUCACCCUCGCGACAUGGGGUUGGAAAGAUAAAGAAAAGGCCGCAAAUCGACGAGUGUACAAAGCCGACGGCCACGUGGGGGAGAGCGCGCUAUGCCGGGCACGGUGAGGCGCGGCGGGCUGCAACAGCUGUGCACGUGCCGCGUCAAGGUAUACGUGCAUCGGAGGAAACGGACCAAGGACCGCUGCAGGAAGAAGCGGCAGGCCUUCGUGUACAAUCCGGAAGAGGAGAUCUGGCACGAGCCCUACAUGCAGGCGCUCCGCCGCGAGUUCUCGGACGAGUCCAUGCUGUGCGACUCCAAGAUCGAGCUGCCGUGGCGGGACAUCGCCCUGCCGACGGCGGGCAUGAGGAUUCGUUCCGAGUUGUCCGCCGCGACGGCCGUCCGUGAGGCAGACGAGGCCGAGACGGAGACCGUCGGUGGCGAAAGUCAACGGCGGGAGUCGAGCGGCGCCAUGGUGUUACCGUGGAAGGAUCUGCUCAUCGCGGAGACCCAGUGGAGCGCGCCGGACGACCCGAGCGCUUGCGACUCCGCGCUGGAGAUACCUUGGGCCGACCUGGUCCUGGAGAAGCCGAUGGCGAUCGGCCCGCCGAGGGAGGAGCGGACCUGCGCGACCGACGACGUCGAGAUCCCCUGGGACGAGAUCCUGGUGCCGCGCAACAUCGUCAUCGAGCCCGAGAGGAAGCGGAGGCACCCCUCGUCCGAUCGACCGCCGCGCCCGCGGCUCGACGCGCCGUGCCUCGCCUGCGGCACGCCUACCUGCUGCGCGAGAGUCCGUGCGAACACGCGCUCCAAGGGCCACGGGAGAUCGCACGCGAACGUCGCGGACCCCACUUGGACCCUCACCUGCAUGUAGAGCUGCGCGUAAACGCCUGUCUGUUGAAUAAAUCCGCCGAUUCGAUUAAAUGUCAACCUCCCGACCC